AUGGGUUACCUGCUGCUCUUGUGGCUAGCUGUAACUUCCCUUCAGCCUGUGAGGACACAGGUGGACAACAGCUGGGUGGAGGAGGAAGACAUCUUGGUGCUGAACCAGCACAAUUUUGCCAAGGCUUUGCGGACAUAUAAGCUGCUCUUGGUGGAAUUCUGCGUCCCCUGGUCGAAACAUUGCCAGGCCCUGGCCCCAGAAUAUGCCAGAGCAGCCAUGUUGCUAAAGGAGGAGUCCCUUGUGAGACUGGCCAAGGUCGAUUGCACCCAGGAGCAGACACUGAGGGCAGAGUUUGGAAUCACUGGCUACCCUGUCCUCAAACUCUUCCGAGAUGGGAACCGCACCCACCCCGUGGAUUUCCCAGGUCAGCCAGGAAGUGAGCAAGAGGCUGCAGGCAUAGUGGAGUGGAUAAAAUGGAAAGCAAGGCCCAGUCUGGUGCUGCUCAAAGAAGUUGAUGAAGUGACUGCUUUUGUGAAUCUCCACAAUGUUGCGGUAGUUGGAUUCUUCCAGGAUCUGCACGAUCCAGACGUGGGUCUCUUCGGUGAUGUGGCCAGUGACACGCCUGAGGUAGCUUUUGCCAUCACGGACAACCUGCUGCUCUUCCAACAGUACAAUAUUACUGAAGACACCAUCUGUCUCUUCCGAAAGGAUGAUGGUCAGCGGGUAGAUUUCUUGGCUGACACAGAACUAGGCCUGGAUGGAAAAGACCUGGCUCAAUUCAUCUCUGUACAGAGCCUAGACCUGGUGAUGGAGUUCACAAAUAAGAACUCCUCCAAGAUAUUUGGGGCAAAGAUCCCAAACCAUUUGCUGCUCUUUAUCAACAAGUCAGUGGAUUCCCAGCUAGGGCUCCUGGAUCCCUUUCGAGAGGGGGCCACUGCAUUUCGGGGUCAGGUGCUUUUUGUGUUGGUGGAUGUCAGUGGGGAAGGGGCCAGCGUAUUGCAGUACUUCGGCCUUAAGGGUCACGAUGUUCCCGCUCUCCGUUUCAUCAAUAUUGAGGCCAACAAAAAAUACCGGCUAGCCACAGAAGGACUCACGGCUUAUGGCCUCCACACCUUUUGCCAAGAGGUUAUGCAGGGGAAAAUUCAGCCACACCUGAUGAGCGAGGAGAUCCCCAAUGACAGGGAUGAGAAACGAGUGAAAGUCGUGGUGGGCAAGAACUUUGAGCAAGUUGCAUUUGAUGAAACCAAAAACGUGUUUGUUAAAUUCUAUGCCCCUUGGUGCCCCCACUCCAAGGCACUGGCCCAGGCCUGGGAAGAGUUAGGAGAGAAAUACAAAGAUCACAAUAAUAUCGUCAUUGCAGAGAUAGACGCCACAGUCAAUGAAGUGGCAGACCUGACCAUCCGUGGCUAUCCAACUCUGUACUUCUUUCCCGCUGGGCCCGGCCAGCAGGUGAUUGAGUACACAGGUGGCAGAGAUCUUGAGAGCUUCUCGGGGUUUCUGGAGAGCGGAGGGAAGGUCCUCUCCAACGAAGAGAUUGGAGUAAGUAUCAGACCCCUACAGAAGAGGGGCUAAUUCCCAGUGAUAUAAGCCAGUUUCUAGAUCUUGCUAGAAUGUGGAUUCUAGUCCUUGGUUCCAAGAUUCACAGUGAAAAUUCAUGCAUGCUACUUUGGACAAUCGCCCUGAGACAGAAGGCAGGGAGGUCUUGGACUUCGCCCUCACAAAGAGGGGCUUCUUCCUCAACCUGCCUUCUUCCCUCACCUUCCCUUCAGCCUCAGCUUCCUAAGUCUGUUUUGCAAACAACCAGUGCUAUGCCUGCCUAUAUGCACAGCGGUUGCUGUUGGAGAACCGUCCAUACCUGGGUACUCGAGUAAAGGUUGCCUCUGCUUUUCUAGGCUGCUGAGACCCCCAAAGAGCCACGGCACGAUAGGAUGAAUCCACCAGAGAUCACAGAGUCCAGGGAGGAGUUAUAAAUCCUGCUGGCCCCCUCCCAAGCCUCACUUUCUACAGGAGGUCCCCUAAACAAUAUAAAGACCUUGAAUUUCAAAAAAAGAUCGUGUGAAACUCAUGUGUUUCAAGCCGGACAUACAACCCCCAAAAUAAUCAGUUACUUUCCUAUAUGUGUUUCUACCCUACAGGCCCUCUCAAAUACUUUCCAGAGCUGGUUCCUUCCAUGUGAAUCCAUCCACUCUAGUCCUUUCCCUUGCCUUGCCCUGCCACAGAAAAGCUCUGCAAAAUAACCUAUGGGACAAGGGUAGCCUGGGCAGAAGGCAGCUGGUUGGUGCCAGCAGAUGCAUUAGUGUCUAACAAGCAACAAACAUGGCUGCCACAACUCUCCAAAAUCAGCACAGCUUCAGCCUUUCUGGUGCUCUGCACAAGGCAGCAACUGAGCCCUGGCCUGACACCAAAGCAAAGUCAAGUCACAGGCUCAGAGGUCUCCUAGUCUGUACCCAC